UCGACGUAAUGAUUCGUGAAUGCCUUUCGGCAAUCACCAACGUGAACAUCACCGACGUGAACUGGGUGCAGGCAUCCCUUCCAGUUGCAGAAGGUGGUCUCGGUAUCCGGAGUAUUGAGAAGCUUGCUCUUCCGGCCUUCUUGGCCUCGGCUUACUCAGUGACCCGACUGGCAACCGAAAUAACCGACUUCGAUCCGGAAGUGUACUGCGGCACCGCCGAAGCUGAGUGGCAGCGUGUAACGGAAGCCGAUCUUCCAGCUGUGGAAGCCCGAAAAUUUCAGAAAAUGUGGGAUGAACCAGUCAUCCAAACUUCCGUGAAGAUGCUUUCUGAAAAGGCCCAGUCCGACAUUUCUAGCCAAGCACGGCUCCUGGGUGUUAGCACCAAGGACAACGGAGCAUGGCUGGAUGCACUUCCAGCUGCAUCACUGGGAAAUCUCCUGAACGACUCUGCAUUAAGAAUCGCUGUUGGCCUGCGUCUUGGAACACCGAUCGUUACUCCGCACCGAUGCAUUUGCAGUGAAUGGGUGGACGCACGAGGCUACCACGGCUUGAGCUGUAAGAAAAGUCGGGGCCGGAAGUCACGACACAGCAGCUUAAACGCGACGCUCAAACGAGCCUUCGCCUCCGCCACCAUUGAGACUGAACUCGAGCCUUUGGGUAUAUCGCGAACCAACGGCAAACGCCCAGACGGAGUCACCUUAGUGCCAUGGGAACGAGGCAAGAUGUUAACAUGGGAUGUGACAUGUGUAUGUACAAUGGCCUUAUCACAUAUCGCAGCAACAUCCACGCAAGCCGGCGCAGCAGCGGCUCAGGCCGAACGGAAGAAAAUCGGGAAGUACCAGAACAUCACGCAGGACUACCUGUUCCGUGCGGUGGGCGUCGAGACAUUGGGACCACUCGGACCGGGAGCAUCCCAGCUAAUCACUGAAGUGGGCAAGAUGAUUCGUCAGGAAACAGGCGAGGUACGCGCAACGGAAUAUCUGCGCCAGAGGUUCAGCAUCGAAGUCCAACGGGGAAACGCGGCAUCCAUCCUGGGAACGGCACCAGCCACGGCUAAUUUAGAUCAAAUGUUCUCUGUAAUUCGGCCGCCUGUUUCCGCUGUUUGUUAAAUUCGUAAUGUAAUGUUUCUUUUGUGGAUGUUAGAUUACUUACUUUGU